AUGCCAUCCACCCUUGGAUUUCGACUGACCUUCGAGGUUCCGCACUGGUACGCCAUUGUGUCUGGAACCAUAAUCAUCCUACUGUUAUUCUCUCGGUCUCGCCGACGACUAUCACUCCGGUUCGCUCCAUGGAUCAAUCGGCAUGUCUUCAUGCCAUUGUCUUUGUGGCAUUUGACGAGACUGCAAGUUGCGCAGGCUUCAGCAUAUCUCGUCCUGAAUGUGCUGACCCUCAGCGUAUUCAUCCGAUCUGCGGCUGAGGUCGGACAGAGAGCUGCUGUUCUGUGCACUUUCAACAUGAUCCCACUCUUCACUACAGGUCGCGUUCUCGCUACAAUCCUCAAUAUCUCUAUUUGGACGUACGACCUCUGGCACAACGCGAUCGGCCUCGUCGUCGUCGUGCAAGGUCUCAUUCAUGGAGGUAUAAGCAUAUCGACUAGAUCAGUACAGCUGCGUUCGUACACUGUCACUGGAUGGGUGGUGUCCUUGACGAUCCUCCUCCUUCUGUUCACAUCUGUCCCGAUCGUUCGACGCCGCCUGAAAGGAUUGUUCGGUCUUCUACACGGCAUGCUAGCAACGGCUAGUCUAGCCACACUGGCCAUCCAUGUUCUGCCCUUAGGUCUGGGCACUUCUACUGUUCAGAUCUUCGUCGCCGGUGCAUUGCUUCUCGUUGGCAUGUGCUGGAGGUUGCUCCUUCUUUUGAGGCGGGGCAGGGCCACCAAGAUCGAAACGAUAGGCGCCAGCCAGGAUAUGAGUUGUGUCAAAGUGACGCUUCGAGACGCAAUUCGGCCAUAUCCUGGUAUGUACUUCCACCUCUACCUUUCAGGAACACCGCUGCGCAAUAGAUUGGCCGGAACACCAACGCCAGCCUUCUUCUGGAGCGAAGGGACGGCCGCGAAGGACAUCCAUUUCCUGGUCAGAGAUCCCUCUACCAAGCCCUUGAGCAUGCGUCUGGAAGGCCCCUACGGCAAUAAUCUACAUCUAGAGGAGUACGAUUCGGUUCUGUUGUUCGCGGAGAGCACUGGCGUGUCUAGCAUCAUGCCCUAUGCAUUGCACCUGCUACAUCGCCGAAGACAUGACCAGCGAGAAAAGGAACGACUCCAGGGACCUCUGCGAGGCGGCUCACAGACAAACCUGGCUCGCACGAUUGGGAAACUGUCGGACGUCAUCUUCUACGGCGACAAGACCAGGCGCGUUGAGUUCAUCUUGGCCUUGCGGACGAACGACGAUAUCUAUUGGUGCAGAGAGCAGCUAAGUGAGCUUAUGAAUCUCGGCUCCAGUCAACAGCGUCUGAUUUGCGGGAGAAUCUUCACAUUUCAAGGCGACGACUUAGGCAUGUCUAUCCCUCAUAGUCUUCAGGACAGAUGGAAAAUACAUACCAUCGGACGGAUGCAGCUGGAGCAGUCCUUCAAGGUGUAUUUAGAUGCUUGCGCCUUCUCACCAGGGAGCAAAGUCACGGUUGUCUCCGGCUCACCGGCCUUUGCCAAUACGGUCCGCCAACUAGUACUCAACUCCUCCUACACGCGUAUGGAUUUCAAAGAGACUGAUUUCUCUCCCGAUGUUGCACAUCACAGCGUGAGAUCAGUGAACCUCGCCCGAGGCGCCCAAGACCCUCGCCGAACCUCUCGCGUACGUUUGCGAAAUACGCCUAGAAUAGCCCUCUCCGACAUCAAGGUUGUUCACACCAAGCCACUUGAUGGUCAAACUGCACAUAUAUACAACGCUUGA